CCGGAAGGAAGCAGGAUGGCGGCGCUGGGCAGUGACAGCGAUGAGGAUCUGGUCAGCUAUGGCACGGGCCUGGAGCCUCUGGAAGAAGGUGAAAGACCAAAGAAACCGGUUCCUCUUCAGGAUCAGACGGUCAGAGAUGAGAAAGGAAGGUAUAAGCGAUUUCAUGGAGCCUUCAGCGGAGGGUUCUCUGCCGGGUACUUCAAUACUGUUGGCUCCAAAGAAGGAUGGACACCCUCUACCUUUGUGUCUUCUCGCCAGAACAGAGCGGACAAAUCUGUUCUCAGUCCUGAAGACUUCAUGGAUGAAGAGGAUCUCAGUGAAUUUGGAAUAGCACCUAAAGCAAUUGUUACCACAGACGAUUUUGCUUCCAAAACCAAAGAUAGGAUCCGAGAAAAGGCCAGGCAGUUGGCAGCUGCUACUGCCCCUAUUCCUGGAGCCACUCUGCUCGAUGACCUCAUAUCACCAGCUAAAUUAUCUAUUGGUUUUGAAUUGCUAAGAAAAAUGGGUUGGAAGGAAGGGCAAGGAGUUGGCCCUCGAGUAAAGAGAAGGCCACGCCGACAGAAACCAGAUCCUGGAGUCAAAAUCUAUGGCUGUGCCUUACCCCCUGGAGGCUCAGAAGGGUCUGAGGAUGAAGAAGAUGACUACUUGCCCGAUAAUGUGACCUUUGCCCCCAAAGACGUCACACCUGUGGAUUUCACACCUAAAGAUAAUGUACACGGACUCGCUUACAAGGGCCUGGAUCCCCACCAGGCACUGUUCGGAACUUCAGGAGAACAUAUUAAUCUCUUCAGUGGGGGAUCUGAGGGGACCAGCGAUCUUCUUGGAGAUGUUGGACUGAGUAAAGGGAGAAAGCUGGGCAUUUCAGGCCAGGCUUUCGGUGUGGGUGCCCUGGAAGAGGAAGAUGAUGACAUCUAUGCCAUGGAAACUCUAUCCAAGUAUGACACUGUGUUGAAGGAUGAGGAGCCUGGAGACGGACUCUACGGCUGGACAGCACCCAAGCAAUAUAAAAGUCAGAAAGAAUCAGAGAAAGAUCUUCGAUACGUUGGCAAAAUUCUGGAUGGAUUUUCCUUGGCUUCUAAACCUUUAUCUUCUAAGAAAAUCUAUCCACCACCUGAUUUGCCAAGAGACUACCGCCCAGUGCAUUAUUUCAGACCUGUGGUGGCUGCAACCUCUGAGAACUCCCACUUACUUCAGGUGUUAUCUGAGUCUGCUGGAAAGGCAACACAGGACCCAGGGACACACAGUAGGCACCAACUGAAUGCCUCCAAGCGUGGGGAGAUGCUAGGAGAGACACCUGUUCAAGGGGCAAGUACAUCAGUGUUAGAGUUUCUGUCCCAGAAAGAUAGGGAAAGAAUUAAAGAAAUGAAGCACGCGACUGACCUUAAAGCAGCUCAACUCAAGGCCAGGAGUCUGGCCCAGAACGCCUCCAGCAGCAGACUGCAGCCCUCCCCCCCCGAAGUUGGACAUAGCUCAUGGCACGUGGCCUUGGGUAGUAGGACAGCCACCACAAGAGCCAGCAACUUCAAACCUUUCGCUAAAGAUCCAGAAAAGCAAAGACGAUACGAAGAGUUCUUGGUACAGAUGAAACAGGGUCGGAAAGAUGCCCUGGAACGUUGCCUGGAUCCCAGCAUGACCGAGUGGGAGCGAGGCCGCGAGCGGGAUGAGUUUGCCCGGGCAGCCCAGCUAUACGUGUCCUCCCAUUCGACCUUGUCCUCCAGGUUCACUCACGCCAAGGAGGAAGACGAUUCAGAUCAAGUUGAAGUCCCUCGAGACCAAGAGAAUGACGUCAACGACAAGCAGUCAGCUGUGAAGAUGAAGAUGUUUGGGAAGCUCACCCGAGACACGUUUGAGUGGCACCCUGACAAGCUUCUGUGUAAGAGGUUUAAUGUCCCUGACCCUUAUCCAGAUUCAACUUUAGUUGGCUUACCACGGGUGAAGCGUGACAAGUACUCGGUCUUCAACUUUCUGACGAUCCCUGAGACAGCCUCCCUGCCCACAACGCAAGCAUCAAGUGAAACCACGCCACAGCACCGAGGUCCCGACAAAUCCCGAAAACCAUCCAGGUGGGAUACAUCUAAACAAGAAAAGAACGAAGAUUCCAUUAGUGAAUUCUUAAGUUUGGCUAGAUCAAAAGUUGGCCCACCUAAACAAGAGUCCAGUCCGUCAGUAAAAAGAGAAGAGGAACCUGCUCCGGAAUCACUCUCAGAUAAGACGGCAAACCAAGCUGUGGAUUCGCAGACGGAGGGGGAAGGAAGCCGCCCCUCCAUGGACUUGUUCAAGGCCAUCUUUGCCAGCUCCUCGGAUGAAAAGUCCUCGUCCUCCGAGGAAGAGCAGGGCAACAGCGAGGAUGACGAAGAGGAUACUGGAGAGGCCGAGGUCAAAAGUUCCCAAGAGACUCCCUUGGAGGCCUCGUCCUCUGCGGAACCAGCCACUGAGCCAGCACCCCAAGAGCCUGCACCUCCCUUCCCGAUACAGAAGAUGCAGAUGGAUGAAAGAGAGGAGUUCGGCCCGCGCCUGCCACCCGUGUUCUGCCCCAAUGCUCGUCAGAAACCUGAGGCUCCUCAAAAAGAGAAACACAAAAAGAGCAAAGAAAAACACAAAACCAAGAAAGAGCACAGACGGAAGAAGGAGAAGAAAAAGAAACACAGAAAACACAAACACAAAGGCAAGCAAAAGAGUAAAAAAUCAGAGAAAAAUAGUAGUUCUGAGAGUACUGACAGCAGUGACAGCUCGAGUGACGACGAAGGAGCCCCUGACCUGUCACCCCAGGAGCUGCUGAGACGGCUGAAAUGUCUUCCCCUAAGGAGGCAGUGAAUGAAUUCUGACCUGCCCUGGCCGGGCCCAGCGUCAGAUCUGCCUGCUGGAAGCUUGCUGGCUGUUCAGUUAAUGCGUUGUACAGAUUGUAUUUCUAUGUAAAUUCCUGCUGUAAAAUAAUUUUUAAAACCCUGACAUUUCAAAGGCUGCCCUGAGAGGUUGUAGAAAUUGAUUUCUAUUUUUAACUUCGGUUAGUGUCAGAGGAAAAGACUCAGCCUGAACAGUUUAAUUAAAGUGGAAGUUUUCUAUUUUCUUCUUGGUUUUUGAAAAA